AUUAAACUCAUAGAAUUAAAGUUCACGGAACACAGAACCGAUUUGCUUUUAAAACGAUUAAAUGGCGGACUGACAGUACUGAUCGGUGAUUGGUUGAAGAUGAACUGAAGAAUUGAAGUUAUACAGGAUAAAGUUUACUUAAUUGGAGAAAUAUUUUGUACUUUAAAAACAGUGUUAUAAAAAUGUCUACUAUAUUAGGAGCAAAUAGUCCAUCUAAAGAUGAAGUAUUAAUAGAGAAUUCUCAACAUUUUCAAGAGCGUGCAGAACGAAAUCGUCAAAAAGCAUUACUUUUAAAAAAGUCUAAAAUAGUUUCUCAUCCUUACAUAAGAAAUGAAGAUGGAGAUUCAGCAAAGAGUGUAUCCUUCAAAGUUCAAGGACAACGUGUCAUAGAUAGUGGAGGAGGUUUUCUUAUAGAAGAAAGUGAUGAAUUAGAAGAAGAAAUGUUAAAAAUAACAUCAGAUCCUGCUCCAAUACUUAUAGAUUUUCCUCAUUGUGAUGAAUGUAAAAAGGAAUUUAAAGAUUCAUACUUAUUACAGACAUUUAAUAUGUCUGUAUGUGAUAACUGCAGAGAUCCCAAGGGCAAACAUUCUUUGAUUACAAAAACUGAAGCAAAACAAGAGUAUUUAUUAAAGGACUGUGAUUUAGAUAAAAGAGAACCUCCAUUAAAAUGUAUCACUAAGAAGAAUCCCCAUAAUGCAAAUUGGGGCGAAAUGAAACUGUACUUGCACCUACAAGUAGAACAGAGAGCUUUAGAAGUAUGGGGUUCUGAAGAAAAAUUAUUAAAGGAAAAAGAAUUGCGUGAUAUUAAAAAGGAAGAGACUAAAAUAAAAAAAUUUAAUAAGAAGAUUAAACAAUUAAGAAUGCAAGUCAGAAGUUCGUUGUAUGAUAAAACAUCAAAAGCAUCUCAUACACACGAAUUUGGAGAAGAUACAUAUAAUGAACAUGAUGAUACAUAUACACACAUUUGCAUUUCUUGUGGAUAUGCAGAAACAUAUGAAAAAAUGUAAAUUUUAUAAUAAUAAUGAAUAUUAUGAUAUUUAUUAGAUUGUUUGUAUAAUUUUCUUAUAUUGAGAAAUUACUUAUAACUCAUAAAAUGCGUACACAUAUUAAAAAAGGAUAAAAAAAUGACAUCUCUUAUU